GACGGCCUUGCUCAGUGCUGGCGCAAAUUGUUGCGCUGCUGCUGUUGGGCUACAUCUGUUGUAUAAUUGUUCUCGAGGAAUCGAGAACGAUUACCACGACGACGACGUUUACUAUAAUUCAGCAGUUUCUCCCCCUAGUUCACGUUUCCGCCGUUACAGUCUCUGUGUCAAAGCGCAAGAAUUCGGCCCAGUUGCACCGCACGUCUGUGGUGGGGAGUAGAAGCAGGAGCAGUGGACCUAGUAGUGGCACUAAAAACGGAAACGGAUCGGGAUCAAUAGGCAGGAGUAGAAGACCAGUAGAAGACCACGAGGAACAUGAUGUAGAUUCUAAGUUCGAGGAAGCAGGUGAACGAGACCAAGCGUCAAAUAACCUGGACCAUCAUGAUCCUAGUAGUACAGAUUCAGAUGCC